ACGUAGUUGAUGUUGUAUUCCAUUUCCUGCUAUCUCAGUGAUAGAUCUAUAGUUAUAUCAGUCCUCUUAUCUUGAUCUGUUGAACUGAGGAAUGCGAGGUAAAUCGUUUCGAUACAAAUGACUGUUACUCUCCGUCAGAGAUGCAGUGUGGACUUAGAACUUUGUCAGUGAGUGUUUGUCUCUUAGCUAUCAAUACUGCCAUUCGACCUGUGCAAGUUACGUUGUAGAUAGAACUUCAAAGUUACACUGUAGGUAGGUAGACGCGAAUAUGCCGCUGCAAAAGGCUAUGGAGAAGGAAUCGUUAAGUUUUAAUCAACUGUGCACGAUUGAGAGCUUCGAGGAGGUUUGGAGUCAUUACGGUUAUAAGAGUGACUUCAAAGACGUAAUAGAACGGGAGUUCUCAAGGAUUAAAGGCAUUACAUACCUGGAUCAUGCUGGAACAACGCUAUAUCCCGAGUCACUGGUGAGAGAAUUCUAUCAGGAUAUCUCCAGGAAUGUAUAUGGCAACCCUCACAGCCAUAACCCCAGCAGCAGACUGACACAUGACACAGUGGAGCAUGUCAGAUACAGGAUAUUGCAGCAUUUUAACACCACUCCUGACAAAUACUCAGUGAUUUUCACCUCUGGCUGUACGGCAGCGCUCAAAUUAAUCGCUGAGAGCUUUCCCUGGAGGCCUCCCACUGCUGCGGAGCCAGCCAGUCAGUUCUGCUAUCUGACUGAUAACCAUACCUCGGUGGUCGGUGUAAGAGGAGCUACUUCAGCACUAGGAGUAGUUCCUCUACCUGUCUCCCCCGAGGAGAUAGAGGCCAGAGCCAAAGAUGUAGCCCAGAGUGAAGGCAGCAGUUGCCAGACACCACACCUCUUCUGUUAUCCAGCACAGAGCAAUUUCUCUGGCAGAAAGUACCCCCUGGGGUACGUGAGGGGCAUCCAGGCGAGGAAGCUCUACCCAGCUUGUGACAGCCAGGGCCGGUGGUUCGUCCUGCUGGAUGCUGCCUCUUUUGCCAGCUGCUCUCCGCUGGAUUUGCAGGAGCACCCAGCGGACUUUGUUCCCCUCUCCUUCUAUAAGAUGUUUGGCUUCCCCACAGGUUUAGGGGCUCUUCUGGUCAGGAAUGAUACAGCUGCCCUCCUAAGAAAGGCAUACUUUGGUGGGGGGACAGCAGCGGCCUACCUAGCGGGGGAGAACUAUUAUGUGCCAGCCCCAAAUAUGGCUAACCGGUUUGAAGAUGGCACCAUCUCUUUCCUGGACAUCAUUGCUCUAAAUCAUAGUUUUGAUGCUCUCCACACGCUCACAGGAGGCAUGGACAAGGUCCAGCUGCAUACAUUUGGUUUAGCACGCUAUACUUACAUGUUGCUGUCUAGUCUUUGCCAUGGCAACGGACAACCAGUGGCUCAGAUAUACUCCGACAGCGAGUUUGAGAACCCGAGCACGCAGGGAGCCAUCCUCAACUUCAACUUGAUGGACUGUCACGGACAAAUAAUUGGAUACUCUCAGGUGGACAAGCUGGCUAGUCUUUUCAAUAUCCAUGUGCGGACAGGUUGCUUCUGCAACACAGGUGCCUGUCAACUCUUCCUUGGUAUCACUAAUCAAGAGGUGAAGAGCAACCUACAGGCGGGUCAUGUCUGUGGAGACAACAUAGACCUGGUUGAUGGCCGUCCAACAGGAUCUGUGCGUGUAUCCUUCGGCUACAUGUCAACCUUCCAGGACUGCCGAAACUUCUUGAACUUUGUUGUGGACUGCUUUGUGGAGAAACCAGUCAAAGUGGACCAAGAGAAACUAGACAGACUGAAAUCGAACACCUCGUCUAAAGAUUCCAGUCAGUGUCUGCUUACUAUGCUUACCAAUGAGAAACCUAACCACAUAGACAAUAGAGAGCAAGCCUCUACAGAUCCAGUUGUGAACGAAUAUGGAGGCGUGGCCAUCACCAAGGAAGCAAAGAGCCAUGGGAAGGCCCAGUAUCUGACUAACAUCUACAUAUAUCCAAUCAAAUCCUGUGCAGCGUUUGAGGUGACUGACUGGCCAGUGGGCCCUGUGGGUCUGCUCCAUGACCGGGGCUGGAUGGUGGUGAAUGGUAAUGGAGUGUGUCUGAACCAAAAGAGAGAACCACGCUUAUGCCUCAUUCAUCCACAGAUCUACCUUCCCUCGAACACACUGCUCCUGCAGGCCUCAGGAAUGGACACUAUUUCUGUCCCUUUGGAAAACCACAAUGAGCCACACCAGAGUCAUAGGGUGUGUCAAAGCAAGGUGUGUGGUGACAGGGUGCAAACUGUGGAUUGUGGCGAUGAAGCUGCAUCAUGGCUCUCAGAGUUCCUUGGACAGCCUUGUCGUCUGAUAAUGCAAAGUCCUGAUUUCAUUCGCAACAUGAAAAAGAGCCAUGAAAAAGAGGUCUCAUCCACUGCCCUCUCCUUGGUGAAUGAAGCCCAGUACCUAAUGAUCAACCAUGCCAGUGUUGAUUUGCUUCAGAGACACAUCACCAGCAGACAGGAAUCCUCUGAUGACCAUCAGCCUCUUGACAUCCAGCAGCUUAUUGGUCGGUUUCGUGCCAAUUUAGUCAUCUCUGGAUUGGAGCCAUUUGAGGAAGAUGAUUGGUCACACUUGAUUAUUGGAAGCACCCAUUUCCAGGUGGCAGGUCGGUGUGGCAGAUGCCAGAUGAUCGGGGUUGAUCAGAGCACAGGAGCCAAGACCAAGGAGCCUCUUCUGUCUCUCUCUGCCUAUCGCAAGGGGAAGGUGACCUUUGGCGUGUACCUUGUCCACAAAUCACUGGAUGACUCUAAUGCAACCCUAUCUGUUGGCGCUUCUGUAAUGUCUCAAUGGUCAGGAUGAGGUUACCAUUUCCAGAUGUGUUUUUAUUUGUCUGGACUCAAAAUUAUUUUAAGCAAACAUUGUUAGGGUACCAUUUUAAUUCAAGUCUUUGCAUAUUGUAGGAAGACAACCCAGGUAAUAACAGAGCUCAUAUAGACCAAAGUGUAAAUCAAUUACUGUACCUUUUUAGUUUACAUGAUUUGAAUGUUUAGUAAAUAAACCAAAUAAAUACA